CGCCGAUCGAGCACAUUGGGCGGCAGCCGACCAUAAGUCCUUCCGCUGCCAUGAUGAACCUUCUCCUCCAUUGCGGAUGCAAGGGAACCAGCGAGUCUCCGCGCCAUGCAGACGGCCGACGACACCAAUCAUUUCUGUCAUCCGAAGCGACCACGAUCCAUGGUUCCCAACAACGUUCGGUGCUGGCUGCCAAGCUGGGAUACGAGCGGUUUAAUAUCAAUUCGAAUCAUUCGGGGGAAAGUCCGAUGUCGUCGUCCUCCCAGACGAUAAGGCGGCAUGUAGCAGCAGCAGCGUCCGCCAGUAGUAGCCAUAGCAUCCCAUCGACCAGUGGCAUCAAUAAUGUCGCUGCACUCCCGUUGCCGCCACCAUCUUCGUCCAAGUCCCUCGUUGAUCCGUUCAAGAACCGCCGGGUGGCACCACUGUGGCUCGAAGGCGAAGAAACCACUAUGGGCCUGCCAGACGGCGACGUGCCCAAUUUUCAGACGUUCUGCUCGUACGAGCGUUGGUCGGCGGCGUUUGCAUCGCCUGGCGACUUCACCAUCAAAGCCGCCCAUGUCAAACGGUCCAGUGGGACAGUCGUCUAUCAUCUCGCGUUGGUGGGGUUGUCUAUUCCGCCUUCGACGUCGUCAUUGUCGGGAACCGUGUCCCCGCAUCAUUCGCUAUCGCGAUCUCGCACGGACGGUGUCAACUAUUCCACAAAUUCCUUGUCCUCUACGUAUUCCGACCAUCGGUAUGCCCAGUUCCCCCGUCCGCGCAAAGACAAGGCGCAAUCGGUGUCGAUCAUCACAAAAUCCGACACUGACAUCGCCGCGUUUGUCCAUGCCAUGGCCCUCCGGUUUCCAGGGCACAAGAUCGCGUCGUCGUUCGCGCGCAAAAUGAACAAAGCCGGCCGGUCGCUGGACGACCGCGCUGCGGCUGUCGUGGACGUGCUGUCGUUCUUGUUGUCCAUGACGCACGUGGGUGUCCAUGGGUUGAUCCCCGUCAAGGAGCCGAUCCCCCAAGACCUUCGCGUGCGUCUGUUCCUCAAGUUGCAUUGCUGGAACGCGCACAUGGGCGCGGUUCCAACCGGGUCCAACUCGUGCGACGGUCGAUUGGAAUCGCAAUCGCAUUCGGAAAAGGUACCGACGCCCACGCGGAAGUCGAUUCCGUCCGAGUGGUUUGUCUCGUCCAAACUCGCGUCUUCGUCGUCUUCAUCGAUGCGUCCUAGCGUGAGCAGCUCCAACCUCCCGCGCAUGCGCCGCCGUUCGCUGCCGCAAGCGGCGGCCCCCACGCCGUAUUGCACGACCUUUGUGCCCCCAAACGCAUGGAAAAAGAAAGCCAAAGACACGCCCGGGGCGUUUACCGUCGUGUUGUCGGGCAUUCACGUCCUGGACGACGGCGUUGUCGAGUACGUGUUGACUGUGUUGUUUGUCGACAGCGUGACGCCCUCCUUGGCGCCGCGCACUCGAACAGUGGGCCAUCGGUAUCAAGAGUUUGAUGACCUCGCCGUGCACAUUCGCCACAAGACCAAGCUGAACGUGUCGAUGCCCCCGAAGACGAUGUUCCGAUGUGUGGACCCCGCGUUCUUGGAGACGCGAUCUGUGGACCUCCAGCGUUUCAUCGACUCGCUCUUGUCGCUGCACUUUACCGGCAUGUUGGACCAAAAGAUCGACAUGGCCGCUGAACCCCGCGUGCGCGCCUUUCUCCAGUUGCCGACCGUCCAAUGGAGCGUUGUCGCGGAACUCCCCACGAAACAAGACUUGGAUCGAUUCCGGGCCUUGUCCAACUCGUCCACGGCGAGCUCACGGAGCGUGUCCCAACCCAAAGACAGUGACGACGACGACGACGAUGACGACGAAGACGACGAAGACGGUGGAGACGAACGCAUCUUUGCCGAUUUUGAAACCCGCGUGGACCGUCCUUUCUUGAGCCAUCGACGGUCCAUUUCGUCGCAGUACUAUCCCAUCUCUCGCGGCAUCGCAUGAGACCAAGUAUCAUCAAUACGAAUCAUCCACCUGUGUGUGAAUGUCCUCUUAUGCCCCUUCAUGAUGAUGGAUGCUCCUGUGUUGCGGCGGAAAGCUCCAUCUUCGACUGAUGGCGGCGGUGCCGCGGUGGAAAGUGCAUUGCGCGGGGAAACUAAAAGUGUGGUGUAAUUGUCACGUUCCGUG